AUGAGUUUACCUGCUCCGCCAGAAGUGUCCUUCGCGGCAAUCCAAGACCAGAAGACAAAGACCAUCUCUGUGACGCAACGGCAAACACCCAUUCCCGUCGGCACCCAGGUCCUCGUCAAGAUAAACUAUUCUGGAGUCUGCGCUACAGAUCUUCAUCUAGCUCGUGGUAAUAUUCCUUAUCUUCAGCCUAAGGUCUCAGUCGGAGGCCAUGAAGGAACUGGGGUAAUCGCUAGUCUCGGUGCCGAAGCAGACACAACAAAAUGGCACAUUGGCGACCGAGUAGCAGUGCGCUGGGUACAUAUAGUCUGUGGGACCUGUGAAGUAUGCACAACUGGCUAUGAGAAUCUGUGCCAAAGUCGCCAACUUGCGGGUAAAGAUGUUGAAGGCACAUUUGCCGAGUACGCCAUUGCGGACAGCUCAUAUAUGGUGCGCCUCCCGGAAGGAGUUACCGACGCCGAUGCUGCGCCGAUUCUGUGUGCAGGUGUUACCGUAUACAAGGCGCUGAAGAUUGCGAAUCUCCGCAAGGGCUCGUGGGUCGCUGUGCCAGGCGCCGGCGGCGGAUUGGGUCACCUGGCCAUUCAAUAUGCGCGUGCGAUGGGUUUCAAUGUCGUCGCGCUAGACGUCAAUAAGAGAGCUUUCUGCCUGAGUCUGGGUGCGGACGUAUACAUUGAUGUAUUGGAGACGACGAACUGCGUCUCCGAUGUCAUUCAGGCCACUGGCGGUGGCGCUCACGGUGCACUUAUUUGCGCUUCGUCGGCGCAGGCUUACACGGAUGCCAUCGGAUUUCUGAGAAGAACUGGAUCAUUAGUGUGUAUUGGCCUACCUGCAAAGGCUGCAAAGCUACCUUUAGGGCCCGAAGACUUUGUUGCUCGGGGCAUCAAGGUCAUGGGUACCUCAACUGGGGAUCGCCAGGACACACUCGAAGCUCUUGACUUUGUAGCUAGAGGUGAGGUAAAACCGCAGCUGAUUGAGAGGAGUAUAGAGGAUAUUGAGAAAAUCCUAAAAGAACUCGAGAAUGGGACUAGCCAAGGAAAGUCUGUGAUUAAAAUCAGUUGA